AGGGGAGGAGGGGCGAGGUGUUGUUGGCCACAGUGACCUAGCUGCGGUCCUGAGCCUCCCUGCGCCGCAGCAGAGGACCUCUGAGUCCUUGGCCACCUUCCCGAUGGCGCUGUUGCGCAGAUUCCUCCAUGAGGCGACCAGGCUGCAGCGCUCCUGGGCCGGCUCCCUGGCCGAUAGCUGCCUGGCCGAUCCCAGCCUCUGGGACCGGCUCCACGGCCAGGUGCUGCCGGGAAGUGCCCCCAACUUCGACUGGUUUUUUGGCUACGAGGAAGUUCAGGAACUCCUCCUGCAGCUGCUACAGAAAGGGUCUCCCCCGGGGCCAGCAGCGGCCCCACUCAAGGUGCUGGAUGUGGGCUGUGGGACCUCGGACUUGUGCCCCGGACUCUACGCCAAAUGCUCGCUGCCUUUGAAUGUGCUAGGGGUGGACUUUUCUCCAGUGGCUGUGUCCCGCAUGAAGGGCUUGCUGGAAGGGGAUGGAGACCACCCUGGGCUGCACCCGAGGCACCCUGCUUCCCAGCUGCAUUUCCUACAGGCCGAUGCCCGGAACCUGGGCUCUGUCUGUCCUUCUGGGUCCUUCCAACUGGUGCUAGACAAGGGGACCUGGGAUGCUGUGGCCAGGGGUGGCCGAACUGGGGCAGAGCAGCUUUUGUCUGAGUGUUUGCGGGUGCUGGCCCCCCAAGGCACCCUAGUGCAAUUCUCAGAUGAGGACCCUGAUGUUCGCUUGCCCUGCUUGGAGCAAGGAGCUGCCAGUCGAUUGGUAACAGUACACGAACUGGGACCCUUCAGGGGACUCAGCUAUUUUGCUUACUUGGUCCAGGCAGCUCAAUAAAGGGGAUCUUGCCUA